UGGAUAGUUGAGAUAAAGUUGUGGAUAGGGUUGAAUUUAAAGCAGAACGAGUUUUCAUAUAUAGCGCAGCGCAGUAGUUGUAGGUAAACUCAUUGCCGGCUAACGAUGGUUUAUAUGCAACCUAGAUGAGGUAUCGAAACAACCAAAUUUUCCCGAGAACAAUAUAACUUGAUAACAUCUAAUCGUCGGUUUUGCAGUCACUAAACGACGUAAACCAGAUAAAUGAAUGGAUUAUAUAAAAUGUAUACGAUAAAAAUCCGGCUUUUUACGAGCCAUAGUGGCGGACGGUAUAAUCCGUGUUUGAAACCAUAACCCAAAACCACAAACAUAACAAACUAUUAAAUCUUAUCCAAUACCAACUUUAAUCAUGAGUUUAUCCAAGCGUGACGACGCCGAACAAUUAAUCUAUGAUUUUGUACUUCGCGGUCGAGAUGUCGAUCAGGUUAUGCAGUUAAACUAUUUGGAACCAUUCAAACUGAAAACCAGAGUGCAGGUCAUCAACGUUUUAGCUUGUGCUCUGAAUUAUCCACCAUUGGAGGCGGAUGAUAAAAGCAAAAACAAUGAUGACGGAUAUGCUUGUUUUUAUAGCGAAAAAACAAAACAAACUCUUGGGCAGAUCGUCAAACAGAUGCCAAGUUUUCAGGACCAGUUUCAGUUUGAUUUUGUACCGUUAGCUAUGAUAAAAAAAGGAAAUCCCACGAAGCCUACGCUUACGCUGCUGUUAAAGUGUUAUACAUCAAGUGGAUAUAAAUACGUAGAUAUGUGUGGACGCGUAUAUUCGAACUUCAUGGAUUUUCUAGAACACAACAAACUACCACAUUCGACAUUACUUUAUCCAAGUGGCGGAAUUGCUGCUUUUGAUAGAACUAAAAGAAUUGAAAUAAAUACCACAGAAGUCGGGAAAGUAACUGAAUUUUUCAAGAGGACAGAUGCACUUGUCACCACUGUUGGAAUGAUUGGCUCCGUCGGUGCAAUGUUUGCAACGGGUGGAGCGGCGACUCCACUGCUUUUGGUAUCACUAGGAUCUGCCGCCUAUACGACGGGAAGAGGCAUUGGAAGUUUGCAUGACGCGGCCAUGCAUGGAAAAUCGUUGAAUCCGUUCGAGGAUGAGGAAGCGCGCCAGAACUGGCUGAUGGUUUCCGCCAACCUGCUCGCUUUUGCAUCGGCCGGUGUCACCAAGCUGGCCGCUAUGGAAAAACUCUCCGCACAAGGUGCGUCUCGACUUUCCACCGCUAGUCGAUACAUGAGAGGAACCAGCGCCAGCGUCAGCACGAUUGCCAUCAUUAAUACGGUCGUUUAUUCGGCAAAUAAUUGGAAACAACUACCCUAUUCGCAACGAAUAGCGCUUGUAUGUUCGGUGUGCUUUUGUUUCAAAGAAGUUAUUAGUUUUGCAAACGCCGAAAGACUUAUUAAACGCAGUCAGCUAGAUGGAUUAUGCAACUCCUUUGCAAGCUGCUUUGAGCUAGAUAGAAUUCCUCGGGAUUUUAUGGAAAACGUUAGGCGCACGUUUGGCGUGAGCGAUGAAGUCCGUGAAGUUGGCUUGGAACUGCUGCAAAUUUUUGUAAAACAGGGAAUAAAGUUCACGGUAAAUGAUGAGUUUACGGAGAUCAAUAUAUUCGGAUUCUCAUAUAAAAUUAACAUGUUGAUUAGCAUGGAGAACAGCGAACUAAAGAAAUUCAUAUACAUGAUUCAAGGAAUAGCUGCAAGCUUCAAGGAAGCUUUCAUAGUGCUGCGUUCUUUUUGUGGAGAUGACAACAUUUUCCAGGUGGUUUCCAAGCGUGCUAACGAGUUGGGAAGUAAUCAAGCCGACUUUGGUAGAGCAAUUAAUGAAAUGCUUCAGCUAUUUGACGUAGUUCGAAGGUCGUUGGACUAUUUCACUGGAAUAGCAGAAGCUAAAAUUAUUAUUGCUGGAGCGUAUCGUUUUGAUUUGGGAACUGCUUACAGUGUUUUUAUAAAGAUAGCAGGAAAAAAAUGUUUUGCUCUGAUUAAUGCGCUUAAGGUAUUGAGCCAGGAGGAAGCCGCAAUGAUGAAUAAACUUCGUUCACAGAUGGAUGAGCUACCGUUGUUUAAGUGGAUAGUGGCUAAUACAGACGAACACAAAACUAUGCUAGAAAAAAUCCGGUCUCUUUUCGAGAUCACCAAAAUUUGCACGGAGAAAUCACUCCGUAUAACGAAUUUGAACUCCGAUGAUGGAAUGGUGGAAAUACAGUAUUUAGUACGUUUUGAUAUCCAAACAUUCAACGAUACACCAGCUGCCUACAAACCGAUUCUGGUUGAUUCAAAGUUUCUUCGUAUGCUUCGUGCACAUAUGUCAAAUCAUAGAGAGUAUCUUCAAACUCUAUGGAACAAUACGUGUAGAGCAGUUACACUGGAUAAACAUUUUGAAAAGCUGGAUGAGCUGAGAGACGCAUUCGAACGUAACACAUCUGCGGUGGGUAAUAUUGUUCAGUACACAAAAGUAAUGAACUGCACAAACCUUGAGCAAUUUUUCUAUCACGUUAAAUUUGCCUUGAAGAAGAUGGAACCGCUAUCGCAAGAAUCGGUCGUCCCGAAUGUAGCGAUCACUCGAGGUGCAUCAUUCCCAGAUAUAAUGUCGCUGAAGUCGCAGUUCGAAGAACUGGCUACAAAAGCAACCGAACUUCUCUUAGUAGGAUAUUGCAACCUUGACUGCUCUCAAGCGGAAGAAACAUCGCAACUGAUCAAUGGUCUAGCGAAAGAAAGAAAACUACGUUUGGGAUCUGUUGAAAAGGCCGUAUUAAACAUGUUAGAGAUUCCAAGCCUUCGGCUUAAAAAUGAAAUUUUCAAAUUCAAUAAUUUUAUCGGUUUCAAAAAAUUCAACGAAACACUUGAAAAAAAUGAUGACGCAAAACAAAUGAUGUACUAUGAAAAUGAAAAUAUAAAAAUAACUGUUUCUAUUGUGAGUGGGCUGGGAGCGCACAUUGAUACGAUUACUUUUCUAAAUAACAAUUGACUCAAUUAUUGCGUAUUCAAAAUAUAUUUUUGAUUUAAGUUAGAGGUGUAGCAGCACACGAAAGGGAUCGAAAAACGCGAGGUAAAAUCUUCAACGAGACUGAACUUUGAUUUGAACGUUUUGCAAACUUAACUGUGAUGACGAUGACAUAUCACAUCGGGUACUGUGCCUAUAGACACAAUGAUGGGUAUCAAAAAUCAAAAAUUAUUCAACAAAUAUUCAAAAUUUUCCAAAUUGUUACCUUCUCUUUUGCAACGACGCGAUUCGAUGUUAUCGCUGCCUUAACCUUAAAACUUCAUAUUUUAUCAAUAAACAACACAUAU